AUGCUUCGAAGUGGUCUUCGGCAGUUCAUUCGCACUGCUCCCUCUGCUACGACCGGGAACACUAUCGCUCAGAAUGCACAGCUAGUAGCUACCAACUCCUCCUCGAUACUAGCCCGACUCUAUAUUUCUGGUGUAAAGGCUAUUACCACGGCGUUUUCACCCUCACUCGAACAGCGAACUCGCGGCGUCGAAGAGAAUGAUCCCUCUGAGUCUGGCCACGUUCUCUCUAUCAGGAACGGUGUUGCCCGUGUGCAUGGCAUGGCUGAUGCCCAAGCAGAGGAGCUUGUCGAAUUUGCCUCUGGCUUCAAGGGAAUGUGUAUGAACUUCGGUUCCGACCGUUUUGUCAGGCAAGGUGAGACUGUUAACAGUACUGGAGAACUCGUGGAUGUCCCUGUGGGCCCAGAGUUGCUUGGUCGUAUAAUUGAUGCCCUCGGGAAUCCCAUCGAUGGAAAGGGUCCCAUCUACACCCAGGAAAAGCGCCGAGCCCAAGUGAAGCCGCCUGGCAUCCUAACCCGUUGUCCCCUAAACCGACCGAUCCUGACCGGUCUCAAGUCCAUUGAUACCUUGGUUCCCAUUGGACGUGGCCAACGUGAGGCGAUUAUCGGCGAUCGUCAAACCGGGAAGACGGCCAUUGCCGUUGACACCAUCCUUAAUCAGAAACGGUGGAACAACGACUCUGAUGAGACUAAGAUGCUGUACUGCAUCUAUGUCGCCAUUGGGCAGAAGCGAUCUACAGUUGCGCAACUUAUUAAGAGGCUAGAGGAAAAUGACGCCAUGAAGUACACUGUUGUGGUGGCUGCGACUGCCUCCGAGGCUGCGCCUCUCCAGUACCUCGCCCCGUUCACCGCCACUUCAAUCGGCGAGUGGUUCCGGGAUAACGGCAAACACUCUCUAGUUAUCUAUGAUGAUCUCUCCAAGCACGCUGCUGCCUAUCGUCAAAUGACAGUUCUUCGUCGUCCCCCGGGACGUGCCGCUUACCCUGGUGACAUCUUCUAUCUGCACGCUCGACUUCUUGAGCGUGCAGUCAAGAUGAGUGACAAGCAUGGUGGUAGCUCAAUGACUGCCUUUCCUAUUAUUGAAACUCAAGGUGGAGACGUGUCCGCUUACAUUCCUACUAAUGUCAUUUCCAUUACUGACGGCCUUAUCUUUUUGGAUGCCGAAAAGUUCUAUAAUGGCAUCAGAUCUACCGUUAACGUCGCUCUGCCCCUUGAACUUUUCUUGACCCGGUAUCGUUCAGUGGCUUCCUUUGUCCGGUUUAAUUCCGGCUCAGAUGCCUCCAUGAAUCAAACUCUCCGCAGAGGGGAACGUUUGACUGAACUCCUAAAGCAGAAGCAGUACUCUCCUAUGGCUGUCAACCAGAUGGUUCCUGUUAUAUUCGCUGGUGUUAACGGGUACAUCGAUAAGGUCCCUGUCUACAGAAUCGAGCGAUGGGAAACCGAGUUCUUGGCGCACCUUAAGAUCAACGAGUUGGAGCUGAUGGCUGCUUUGGAUAUGGGAGGAACGAUCAGCAAAGGCCUUAAGGCUAAAUUACGGGCUGUCAUCCGCACUUUCACCCAGAGCUUCUUAGGUUAA